CUCGGCCGGGCCACUUCCCCACUUCCCUGCCCCGAGCCCCAGUCGCCGCCAGCACUCGCCUGCCUCUUAUCUUCGCGAGCCUACGCAGCUCCCCAGAAGGGGAAACCGAAGCCCAAUGCCACACCGUUGAGUGGCAGAAGCAUAAAUGACACUCUGGCUUCCUCAUCUGAAGGUGCUUCACCCGUACGGCGGCAGGGAUGGCAGGUGUGGAGCUUCACGAGGGCACCGUCCAGGUGCAGGGCCAGAGCCUCUUCUUCCGACAGGCUCGGCCAGGCGCCGGGCAGGCUGCCCGCUUCUCGGUCCUGCUGUUGCACGGCAUCCGCUUCUCCUCUGAGACCUGGCAGAACCUGGGCACGCUGCACCGGCUGGCUCAGGCUGGCUACCGGGCUGUGGCCCUGGACCUGCCAGGCCUGGGGCGCUCCAAGGAAGCAGCAGCCCCUGCCCCUAUCGGGGAGCUGGUCCCCAGCAGCUUCCUGGCAGCUGUGGUGGACGCCUUGGACCUGGGUUCUCCUGUUGUGAUCAGCCCAUCGUUGAGUGGCAUGUACUCCCUGCCCUUCCUCACGGCCCCUGGCUCCCAGCUCCGGGGCUAUGUGCCAGUGGCCCCCAUCUGCACUGACAAAAUCAAUGCUUCGGACUAUGCCAGUGUGAAGACCUCAACUCUUAUAGUAUAUGGAGACCAGGACCCCAUGGGUCUGACCAGCUUUGAGCACCUGAAGCAGCUGCCCAACCACCGGGUGUUGGUCAUGGAGGGGGCAGGGCACCCCUGCUACCUUGACAAACCUGAGGAGUGGCACACAGGGCUGCUGGAUUUCCUGCAGGGGCUAGCAUGAGACCCAGCCCUGCUGGCGGGGGUGGCUGCUGGCCUGCCUUGGGCUCUCUCUGUCUCCUUCCUCUCUCCAUGGGUUUCUGCUUGUCACCCACAUGCAACAGGUGUGUCUCUGUCUAUCUGGGUUCUUGUCUCUAGGGUCUGUCUUUUCUUCUUCCUCUUGCAGUGACAGACUAAGGAGGUGAAAUCAAGAGGAAAAACCUCAGGAAUCAAGAGAUGUAAUCUGGUGGAGGGUAAUCCAUUAGAUGGGCUUCUCCUAUAGGCUUUCCUGUUCGCUUGCACCCCUUCCUCUGCCGGUGCAGCCUCCCCAUGCUGGCUCCAGCCUCUUCCCCCAGCUGCUCUACGGGGCACUCACACCUCCUACUCCUGCCUCCGAGACCACAGAUACAUCCAUGCCCACGUGCCUGCUUACACAUUCAGAGCCAUCCAUGUUCCCAGAGAUGACCCUUCACUUGGGAGCAACCGCAUAGGUACGGGCAACUCUGGACUGACAUCACACUGUCACCUACAGCUUUGCAUUCCAUGCAUCCACAAACAUGCAUUCUUGUGCUUUCACACAAGCGUUCACAUGGGCACAUGCACCCUCCCAACCAUGCCGAACCCCACUGUCCAGGAAGGUGGAGACGCUAGGGGCCAGUGCUUUGCAGGAGGCCGUCUGCCAGGCUUAAGGGUAGCCAGCCCUGAACUCCAUUCACCCACAGGUUGCAGCUGGCCCCAGACCAGAAUCACUGCCCGGUAGGUGAGGGCCACCCCUUGGAACCUCCGAUCUCCCUGCUUUUUCCCCCUUUCUGGGUGCUCUACACCUCCCCAGGUUAUGAGGCCUGGAUCUGCUCAGCCAAGCUUGUUUCCUGCCCUGAGGUUUGGGGGUUGGGGAGACGGAGAGUGGAGAGUGGAGGUCGGUGAAAUAAAGUGAUGCAAUUAGAC